UGUCCUCCUUCUCUAACGUUAGUUCGUUUGUCCGCAGAAGUCAUUUAAUUGACGGUACCGUUACCUUCGUGUUCGUUUUAAGAGUCAGCCUAAUACCUUGAUAGGGACUUCGCCUAUAUUUUAAACAAGCCAAGGUGUGGUUAUUCUACACUACAGUCUCGAGGCUUAAUUUUUUCCAUUACUGUCAGAAAUUCCUAGAGGAGAACUUCCCGUGUCUGCUGCCUGUCCGACUGCUUUCCUACUCCUGAAGCCCACACUUAUUCCCGCCCUCCCAUGAUGCUUCAGGGACCCAGAUGAACAUUACACCGGUAUUUUUCUAUAAUUACACUUACUUAUAUAUUUUAUGUCUGAGACAUAGAUGCAUAUUGAAUGCAGACUUAAAAUCAGGAGGUUUUGUUUUUCUAUUUCUAUUUUUACUUAUCCAAAAGUCUAGUCUUCAUUUAUCGGUUGCCUGAUGUAGACACUGAAACAGAGCUAUUUGACCUUCGUAUUCACGAUAUAGUUUUAGUAAGAUAAGUAAAAUAGCCUACUAUUUAGACACACAGGACCUGUUGAGGUUGGAAGUUUCCAUAAAUCCGAGUUGUCCUGAAUGCGUCACGGGGUUGAAUCCGGAAGCAUAGUGACUCUGAACCGCUUUGAAUUUGCAUCACUGCAGCGAAAUCCUGGUGGGUUAGGCUCGGGACCUCAAGCUACUGCAAACAGGUAUGCUGUGAAACAGGUUUUUGUGAAGCUGAAUUUCCGAAGCCUGACAGUAAAAUCCGUGGCCAUGUCUCAGAAGGACCUGAAGGAAGCGUUUAUCAGUAACCUCAAUGGGACCAGUCUGCAGGAGGUGGCCCUGGGCUCUUUUCUGGCCCCACUAUGUCUCAUUAACAGAGGACUGAUUUUGACUAUCUACUAUCAGGCCAAAAAGACUCUUCCUCUGCCACUUCCAUUGAUUUCUCACCUGAUUCUAGACUUCUGUUUACUUAUCCUUCCCCUCGUCCUGUCGUGCACCGUGCUGAGCAGCGUUCUCCACCAGGUCAUCUUGGGCCUUACCGUUGUUUCAGCCUUUGUAUUAUGGUACAUCCACCAUGUCAGUAUUCAAUCUGCUCAGAGAACUGUCAGCACAUUCCUCAAGAGCCACGUUCAAUUCAAACAGGUUCCCUUUGUGACCAUCUUUCGAGUGUUUGUGAAUGUGAAAACAGCCAUCAGCAUUCUUGCCGUAGACUUCAGUGUCUUUCCAAGGCGAUAUGCUAAAGCUGAAACCUAUGGGACAGGUGUUAUGGACUUUGGUGUUGGAGCGUAUGUCUUUGCAAAUGCCCUUGUGUGUCCAGAGGCACGGGGGAAGAACAUCUCAGGAUCCAAGAUGAAUCACAUCGCUAAGCAGCUCAUGUCUGUGUGGCCCCUGGUUGUGCUUGGCAUGGGAAGGCUUCUGAGCCUCAAGAUGUCCGGCUACCAGGAGCAUGUGACAGAAUAUGGCGUUCACUGGAACUUUUUCUUCACACUAGCUAUUGUCAGAGUUGUGGCUUCUGUGCUUUUGGCCAUUUUACCAGUCAAUAAAUCAUGGCUCGUUGCCCUUCUGAUCAGCGGAUGUUAUCAAUUCACUCUGGAGACAUCUAGCCUAAAGGCUUUCAUUAUCCACAACAAUGACAGAGAAAAGGACUUUCUCCAUGCUAACAAGGAGGGCAUAUUCUCUGUCCUGGGUUACGUAGCCAUCUAUAUGGCAGGGGUUCAGGUUGGACUCUAUGUAAUGCAACCCAGAUCCAAUGUUAGACAGUGGCUCCAAACCAUUUUUAACCUGUUCUUGGGAAGUGUGGUCCUGUACACUGCUUUGUACGCAUGUCUGACAUUCGUUGAGCCAGUGUCUCGCCGCCUAGCUAAUCUACCUUUCUUCCUGUGGAGUGUGGCUCAGUCUUUGUUUUUUAUGUCCUGUCUUGGUACAGCUGAUAUGGUUUUACUGCUUUCCAAAAGAUCAUCAGGCUGUCACUUGAUGCCCACAUCAUGGAAUUUGUAUAAAAAACAAUCAGACUCUGAUAAAAAGACGGACGAGAUAGAAAGACACUGUAUUGUUCAAGCCGUCAGCAGGAAUCAGCUGUUAUUUUUCUUGCUCGCAAAUGUCAUGACAGGCUUAACCAACUACAUAGUGGACACACUCAGUUGCAGUAGCUCAUUUUCAGUGUGUGUGUUGCUUUCUUACAUGUUCGUUAAUUGCUCUGUAAUACAGGUUUUACAUUUCUUUGGAAUAACUUUGAAAUUCUGGUAAAAUUGCAUUCAUCAAACAUGGUUCAUUUGUGUAAGGUUUUUUUUUCUUCUGGGGGUUGAGUGGCAGACUUGGACAUUUAAAAACGCUGAAGACAUAGAUGUUAUGUUACGAAAAGACGUGGAACCCCUUCUACAAGUAUAUACGGGAGCUGGACAUGCCGGAUGUCUCUGUACAAUAGGGUGGUGGACCUGCGGUGUUAGACUGUGAUUAGCGGGCGGCUGACUGACCAACAAGUGCUGUGUUUUUAUUUUAUUUGAUAUACUUGGUCUUUUUGUUCCAUUUAUACACAUUAUUUGAUCUCUAAAUUGCAUUAUGGUAUUAAUAAUGGACUUAGACUCAGAGCCUUUAGAUUCUGACUUUGUUUUUUGUUGUCCUGUCGCAGUCCAUUUUUUGUUUUGUUUUAUUCAUUUAUUUUUUGUUUUGUCUCUGUUUUUUAUCCUGUCGGACUCAAAUCACACUGUUGUCAUCCUAACUUGUUUGCCAACUGCUAUUGUGUUGUCUGUCUGGCUGUUUGUUGAUAAAAAACUAAAAAGUUUAAAUGUUACAAAAAGACAUUUUCUGUGAUAUCGAACAUAUAACUGUACAUUAUGUUUAUUUAUGGAAGUAAAUGUAUGUCUUAAUAAAAUGUUGUCUCAAAAUAAGUGAGGCCUUGGAAAACAAAAUAUAAAAAUCCAAAAGUUUU